AUGGCACUUGUGAGAGCAGCUCAGCAAACCUCCUCUUCUAAUGCUCGUCGACUUUGUCUUUAUCACGUGUUCCUGAGUUUCAGAGGCGAAGACACUCGCAAGACUUUCACUGACCACCUCUACACAGCCUUGGUCAACGCCCGAUUUCACACUUUCCGAGACGACGAUGAGCUUGAGAGAGGAGAAGAGAUUAAGCCCGAACUGGAGAAAGCAAUCAAAAACUCUCGAAGUUCUGUUAUUGUGUUUUCGAAAGACUAUGCGUCAUCCAGAUGGUGCCUCGACGAGCUUGUGGUGAUCCUUGAACACAAGAGGACCUCAGAUGACCAUGUCGUUUUACCUGUUUUCUACGACGUGGAUCCAUCCCAUGUAAGGAAGCAGACAGGAAGUCUUGCAAAGGCAUUUGCUAGACACGAAAAAACUCAACCGCUGGAGAAGGUGAAGGAAUGGAGGGAUGCACUUGCAAAGGUUGCAGAUCUGGCAGGGAUGGUCUUGCAAAAUCAAGCUCAUGGGUACGAGGCAAAGUUUAUCAAGAAAAUAGUUAAGGUAAUCGGAGAAAAACUGAGUCGCACACCCUUAAAUGUUGACCGCAACAUGAUUGGAAUGCAAUCUCGAGUGCAAAAUAUCAACUUAUGGUUACAGCAUGGAUCAACUGAUGAUGUUGGCAUACUUGUAAUAUAUGGGAUAAGUGGAAUAGGGAAGACAACCAUUGCAAAGCAUGUUUAUAACUCAAACUUCCAAAACUUCGAAGGAAGCAGCUUCCUUGAAAGCAUCAAAGAAAUUUCACGGCAACCCAAUGGCUUAGUUCAAAUACAAACGCAACUUCUUUCUGAUAUUUUGAAUGGGACAGAAGUGAAAAUACACGGUGUUAGUCAAGGAAUAACUGAGAUUGAAAAAGCCAUAAGUUCUAAACGGGUUCUCCUUGUUCUCGAUGAUGUAGAUCAUGUGGACCAAUUAAAUGCAGUACAUCUGAUGAAAGAUCGAUUUUGUCCAGGAAGUAAAAUCAUCGUAACAACUAGGCAUCGAGGAUUGUUAGAGGCUCAUCAAUUUAUUACUGAGGUGCAUGCUGUUAAAACUUUGGAUCAUAUAGAAUCUUUGGAGCUCUUAAGUUGGCAUGCUUUUGGCCAGGACCAUCCGCUUGAAGAUUACACAGAAUAUUCAAAAAAGCUAGUGGACCAUUGCGGAGGACUUCCGUUAGCUCUUAAAGUUUUAGGUUCUUCUCUAUUUCGGAAAAGUAUAUAUAUAUGGAAAAGUGCACUGAAGAAGUUAGAAGAUAUUCCAAAUGGUGAAAUAAUAAGGAAACUAAGAGUAAGCUACGACUCUUUGGAAGAUGACCAUGACAAAAAAUUAUUCCUCCACAUUGCUUGUUUCUUUAUUGGAAAGGACAAAGAUUGCAUUGUUACAAUACUAGAUGGAUGUGAUUUCCAUACACUUGUCACUAUUGAAUAUCUCAUCCAUAGGUGUUUGGUGACAAUUGAUGAAUAUGACAGGGUGCAGAUGCAUGACUUGAUUCGUGGAAUGGGAAGAGAAAUUGUUCAUCUAGAAUCAGAGAAGCUUUGCAAGCGUAGUAGAGGUACACGAAAAAUUGAAGGUCUUGUCCUGGACAUGCAUAUGCUUCCUACACAGAGUCUCAUAAACUCAAAUGAGGAAGUCAUUGAAACCAACGCAUUUGCAAGGAUGCCAGAACUGAAACUACUCCAUCUUAGUCACGUACAACUCGACGGAUGUUAUGCAGAAUUUUGUACAGGAAUAAGAUGGAUGUGUUGGCUAAAAUUUUCUUUGGAUUCUAUACCCUUUGAUUUUCCUUUGGGGAGCCUAAUUGUUCUUGAAAUGCAAUGCAGUGGCUUGAGACAAAUCUGUGAAGGAACAAAACGUCUUCCGUUAUUGAAGAUCCUUGAUCUCAGCCACUCUCAUAGCCUUACUAAUACUACUGACUUCUCAUGUUGCCCCAAUCUUGAGAAAUUGGUUCUUGUAGAUUGUGAAAGCCUGAUUGGUGUCAAUGAAUCCAUUGGAAGCCUAGAGAGACUUGUUUACUUGAGUUUGAGGAACUGCAAAAAUCUUAAGAUGCUUCCAAAGAAUAUCGUAAUGCUAAAGUCACUUGAAACACUUAUUGUAUCUGGUUGCACAAAUCUUAAUCUGUUAUCAAUUGAGAUGUUGAGGAACAUGGCUCUGAAAGUCCUCGGGAUAGAUAGAAUACCAUUAGGUGAAUUCUGGCCGGGAAGAAGUUUAUCUAUCUUGAGUUGUUUACCAUCCUCUUUAGUAGACUUAAGUCUUGAGGGGUGCAGUCUUUUAGAUGGUGUCUUUCCUAGGGAUUUAAGUAAUCUAUCCUCAUUGCGAAGACUAAAUCUAGCGAACAAUCCAAUUUGUAGUCUACCAAAUUGCAUAGGAGGUUUAGAGGGGCUCAUUGAUCUCUCUUUUUCCCGCUGUGCAAAUCUCGAAUCGCUUGUGGGGUUACCAAAAGUACAUCAUCUGGAUCUGGAAUGUUGUGUAUCAUUGAAAAAAAUAACAUAUAAAUCCUCUGGGUUCCAAUAUCACAUUACCAGUGGCUAUGACAACCACAAACUAGUUGAGUGGGAGUAUAACUACAAGUUAGAACCCAUUGGAAGAGUUGAUGUAGACAUGAUCAACCUUUUGGGCUUGUGCAACUUGGAAUCCAUGGCGCCAAUUUGGAUUCGAAAACCAUACAAUUCUCAAAUUGUUGCUGAAUGGAGUCCUGUCCAGGGACUGUACGAGCGUGGUAUAUUCAGCACAUUUUUUGCUGGGAAUGAGGUUCCAGGCCAAUUCAUCCAUAAAACUAAAGGGUCCUCAUUAUCUUUUACUGUUCCUUCACUUGAUAAUCACAGAAUUGGAGGCUUGAAGGUCUUUAGUGUCUAUACAAAAUGUGCCAAUGAUUCUCCUUGGGCUUUACCCGGGCCAAUGAUUACUAGAGUCACAAAUAAGAGUAAGGAUAUCAAGUUAAUCUAUGCCCCAUCACACUGCGGCAUUCCAGCUGAGGGAGAUGACAUGAUAUGGUUAAGCCAUUGGAAGUUGGAGGAGGAGGUUCACGUAGAUGUCGGCGAUAAACUGGUUGUUUCUGUAAUUAUGGAACCUUGGCUUCAGGUAAAGGAGUUUGGCAUCCAGCUCGUGAAACCGGUGCAAAGUACCCAACACCAAACCAUUGGUCUUCAUCUGCCAGGAGUGCCAGGAGUGCCAGGAGUACACUUGCUCUCACGCAGAAAUGCAUCCAUACAAGAUCCGAUUUGGUUCAGUAAGAUCCUUGGGGACUCUGAUGAAGAAGAUACGACAGACAAAGAAGAAGAGAAACAGGAUGAGCAAACAAUUGCAGCAGCCAUGACAGCCGGAAAUAUUAACUCCAGAGGCCUCCUCCGUGGCUGGAAAGUGCUCAUCACCGCCGCUUGCUUCUUUCUCACACUUCUCAUAUCACUCGCUCUUCUUUACUCUCUCACAGAAAGAAGGGACAGUCUAAAAGCUGUGGAUGGAUGA